AUGCUCGACUUUCCGCCCGUCGUGCGCGUGGAGCUCCAGCCCAUGCCGCACGAAGCGCACAUCCGGCGGCCAGGCGAAGACUGGGCGGGCAUCACGAAUCCCAAGGAGAGAAAGCGGUUGCAGAACCGGUUGAAUAAACGAGUUUCGAGACAGCGCAAACGAACAAUGUGCUACGAAGACGAUUCCUCGGAUUCCACGUGCUCGGGGGGUACAUCGCCGGAUGCCUUCUGCAUGGACAUCUGCGUUCCGAGUGCUGCAGUCGUUGUCAGUGCCAUGGCUGCUGUUACUGAAUCCAAUUGUGCCUCGCCGGCGUCAUCGUCGUCGUGCAUCACCGUGUCGACAUUCAGCCACUGCUCGCAGGCAGACGCCGCACAGAAGCGCGCUAUGCUGGAGCGCUUCGCACAGCAAGCACUCGUCAGCUACAUGACGGCAGAUCCGUGUGCAGACCACCAUUUGAAGCUUCUGCAGUUCAAUACUAUCAACGGGUUUACCAAGAACGCAGGAGCACUGGGCUACCAGUUCGACUGGCUGGUGUGCGCCGCGGUUUCGCCGUUUGGAUGCAACGGGCCGGGCCGCAGCGCAGUCGGGCCUGCCGCCGCCGCAGUCGUGCCGAGUAGCCUCAAGCCGACGACGAUGCAGUUGACGACUCGACACCAUCCAUGGCUGGAUUUGUUCCCCUUCCCCCGCAUGCGUGACAACCUGCUCAUCGCCGCUGGUGUACUGUCACCGGAAGAAGAACAGCAGCUUUUCACCGAUGUCAUGGAGUCGGAUGGCGGCAAGGACGAAUGGACUGGCCUGGUGCUCUGGGGCGAGCCGUGGGAUCCGCAGAGCUGGGAGGUCAGUCUUCCUUUUCUGAAGCGAUGGGCCUGGCUCGUCAAUGGGUGUCCGGAAAUCAUCACGUCGACGAAUCAUUGGCGACGGAAGAGGGGCGAAGAUGCCAUUUCGGCGCCGGGAUUCGUGCUCGACGAGUAUUAG